GUGACCGCUUACCUCAGUCAUAUGACCUCCUCAGUAGGUGCAGAGAGUUUGGAUAGCACUGUAUGAGCUGAUGAGGGCAUUUCCGGAUUUAUCUCUCUGCUUUUGCUUGUUUUUGUCUCUUUAUUCCUGGACUUAUUUUUGACACUCUUUGUGGGAAUAAGAAAGAAAGUUUGUGAACGCGGUCUCGACAUGGAAACAGGAAGCCGGCUCGCUGCACUGUCGCUUCUUCUUCUUCUUCUCUCUGCUGUGUUUUCCCCCUGUGUUGGUCAGAUCAACCCUGCAGAGAUUGACCCUCUGUUGUAUGAGGAGCAGCUCCUGUGGGUGAGUGGAGCUCAGGGAGAGGUGAACACCUACAGGAUUCCUCUGCUCACCUUCACCCCUAAAGGAAGCCUGUUGGCAUUCUCAGAGGGCAGAAAAUCCACGGCCAGUGAUGUGGGGGCAAAGUUCAUCGCGAUGCGGAGGUCCACUGACAAAGGAGCCACCUGGUCUCCCACCGCCUUUAUCGUGGAUGACGGAUUGAAGCCGGACGGCCUGAAUCUGGGCUCUGUGGUGGUGGACAUGGAAGUGGGCUCUGUGAUCCUGAUCUAUACCAUCUGUUUCCACUCAUACCACUGCCACCCUUCCAGCACCAUGAUGCUGGAGAGCAGGGACGACGGCCUCAGCUGGGGCGCGCCUAAAAACCUCACCGUCCAGCUCGGGGUCAAAGCCUUCGCAUCAGGACCGGGCCUUGGAAUCCAGAAGCGCUUCGAACCAGCUAAGGGGAGGUUGGUGGUGUGUGGUCACGGUACACUGGAGGGAGACGGAGUGUUCUGCAUCCUGAGCGAUGACCACGGACAAAACUGGUACAACGGUGCGGCGCUGAAAAGCAUACCUUAUAACCAGAAGAAGAAAGCACAUGACUUCAACCCAGACGAGUGCCAGCCGGUUGAGUUGAAUGACGGCACCAUCGUCAUCAAUGUGCGGAACCAGAACAGUUACCACUGUCAGUGUCGUCUGGUGGUACACAGCCAUGAUGGAGGAUUGUCCCUGCCUGUGGAGGGUCUGUAUUUCGACUACACGCUGGUGGAUCCUGUUGUGGCAGCUGGAGCUCUGCAGAAAGAUGGAGUUAUGUACUUCACCAACCCCUCCAACGAGCAACACAGAAUCAACCUGACUCUACGCUGGUCUGUGACUGAUGGUAAAACAUGGGAGGGAAAAGCCGUGCAGAUAUGGGCGGGGCCGAGCGGUUACUCCGGCAUUACGUCUCUGGAAGGCGGUUCUGCAGAGGACAGGAAGUACAUCUACGUUAUUUAUGAGAAGGGCCACAAGAACUAUUGUGAGACUGUGUCGUUCGCCAAAAUCCACCUGUUUGGUGGCCGGUAGGGCAUGAGGACUGGAGGUACGCAGAGGAAGAAUCACGCUGAGCUUGUUUGUUUACUCUAGUGAUUUCACAUGCAUCGGCGUUUUUGCACAUUAAUCAGGGGUUCGAUUGAUUUUCUGUCUCUGUGCUACAUUUUGUUGAGUGAAAAGUGCUAUACUAGGAAAGUCUGAUUGAUCAAUCGAUCAAUUCUCAGACAAUAACAACAAUUUUUUUAUUUGUCUCCCAGAUGCAAUCAGUUAGAGAAAAAAAGGGAAUUGGGAAGAGAUUGUUUACUCCUACGACUUUCUCAGGAUGAAGAUAAAAGACUUUCAAUCACUCUAUGAUAUUAAAUGUGGAGAAACAGUAGGUUCUGAGCCAGGAAUGUCUCACAGUUUGUACCUACUCUAUGAUGAACUGAUCAAGAAACUCACUGUUUUCUCAUGAUUUACUCGUUCUUUUCCAACAGUUGGUUAAGUUGCAAAUCUCAUAUCAGGGCUUUUUUGUUUUUUUGUUCUGAUUGGACAAAAGAAAUCAUCAAACUUUCACAGCAACAAUAUUUUUCGAGUUCCCUGUUGGUAAGGGGAUGACAAUGUGACCACAAGUGGGACAUUUUUACUGCAAGUUUUAUCAUUAUUUUAUGUAAAAACCAUCUAUUUUAAGGCCUAAUGCCACACAUGUUUUACAUAUAUUUUUACAGAAAACUACUACACCACUUUGAAGUAUCACUUUGAUGAAUAACUUGCAGUGGUAUUGUCUGAGUCUCAUCAAAUGAAUAUGGUUGUUUAUGUUAACUAUAACUUCAAAAUAUUUCGGGCACCUGACACAGAUCCCCUUCAAACACCAACGGAUUCAGUUUUUACUCCACAUCAUGGAGAAAUGGCUCCUGACAGAUUGAGUAGUAAUGUACGAGGAAAGCUAACCUGAAGUUUGCAACUUUAAAGUCUGUUUGUGCCUGUAAUUAUAAUGAGGGUUUUUAUUUUGGUCCCAUUUAAUAAGAAUUAAAAGUGCUAUGAAAUAAUACUGACUCAAAACGGAUUCUGCUAAAUGUUUUAAAAUAAUGUCAAAAGCCUUUUUCUGUUUUUUUUUAUUUUUUUAUAUAAUUUUAAAAAAGAAAUGUGUGUGUGAGGGUGAUGAGGGUGAUGAGGGUGAUGAGGGUGAUGAGGGUGAUGAGGGUGAGUGCAUGAUGUGUAUGACAGAUAAUACGUUUCCUCUGCUUUGAAGAAUGUUCUCUUAAGUUUGUAAUCUGAACUCCACUCUAUUCAGGUUAUGAUUUUAACAGCAUUGUACACAGGAUUACAAUGUUUUAAUGCAGCACAAUGUGAUCUGUGCUACCUGUAGAAUAAAUAAAUGAUUUCUGAUGACUA